GCUCUUCUUGAUCUUCUUCGCCCCAUCACCAUCUCUUUUCGAUUGAUCUCGUCACCUCGUUCAGACUGUUGGAUGAGAACCGGAUUAGCUCGGCGUCUGUUGGCAAAGAGACAAAUCUCCACUGCCGCAUAUCGUCCUUCUCUCGCAGCAUCAUCUCUCAUCGCAUCUCUUCCUUUGGGCAACCACGCAAGUCUCGCAAAGACUCCAUCUCUGCAACAUCUAGCAACUCCAAAGGUGGACCGCCUUCGAUCUCUCCUCUCGCACUUUCGACCGGCUUCCACCAUGUCCGUUGACCCUACCAAGGUUGACUACCCGGAGUUCCGUCUCCCCCGCACUGUGAUCCCUUCUCACUAUGACCUCCUGAUCCAGUCGGACCUCAAGGCGCUCCACUUCGCCGGAGUCGUCACUGCUUCCUUCAAAGUCGUCGACCCUAAUGGAAUAUCCGAGCUCAUCUUCAACGCCGGACCUAAGAUGAAGUUCGGCAAGGCCCUCGUUGUAUGCGAGCAGCUCAAGACUGAGUCAACGCAGACCAUCGACUCGGUCCACCUCGAUGCCAAGCGCGAGGUAGCGAAGAUCAAGCUCGCAACGGCACUGCCAGCUGGUGCAGAGGGAAAGAUGACCAUCGCCUUCGAAUCUGAGCUCGACAACAGCAUGAUGGGCUACUACCACUCUACAUCCGAGCACAAUGGCAAGAAGAUCAUCUCUGCUCUCACUCAAUUCGAAGCUACUGCUCAACGUCGAGCCUUCCCCGGCUGGGAUGAGCCUGAUCUCAAGACGACCGUCUCAUUCCGCAUGCUGCACCGCAAGGAGAACACGGCCCUGGCCAACAUGCCUGUCACUAAGGCCAGUGAUGUCUCUGGCGCCGACAUUGACAAGCUCCUUCGCACUAGCGAGUUCGGCGUCCCCGCCACCUACAACAGCUCCAACCUCGUCAAGACUGAGGGCAAGUCCGAAAUGACUUCCACGGCUGACGAGGCUUCCGACUCGUGGGUCCUCACCGAAUUCGACACGACUCCCAAGCUCUCGACGUACCUCAUCGCCUGGGCGGAGGGGCCAUUUAAGCGUCUUUCAUCCAGCUUCAAGAGCCCCAAGUCAGGCCGCGAAGUCGCAGUCAACGUCUACGCUACCGAGGACUUCAUUGACCAAGCGCAGUACACCGUCGAUGUCACCAAGAAGGUCGUGCCCAUCUACGAACAGGUCUUCGACCUUGAGUACCCGCUUCCCAAAGUCGACACCCUCGUCGCGGCUGACUUUGACGCUGGAGCCAUGGAGAACUGGGGCCUCAUCACUGGGCGUACCUCCGUUUACCUCUACGACCCCGUCAAGUCUGGCAUCGCCGGGCAGAAGAGGUGCGCCGGUGUGCAGAGCCACGAAGUUGCGCACCAGUGGUUCGGGAACCUUGUCACCAUGCGCUUCUGGGACAACCUCUGGCUCAACGAGGCCUUCGCCACACUCAUGGGCGAGGUCAUCAUCCUCGACAAGGCCUACCCUGAGUGGGACUCGGCCAGUGAGUUCAUCGCCACCCACCUUGAGCGUGCUCUUGACCUCGACUCGAAGCGCUCUUCUCACGCCAUUGAGGUCAAAUUGCGCUCCAACGGUGAGCCGGACGUGGCUGCCGUCAUCUCCGAAAUCUUCGACGCAAUCAGCUACAGCAAGGGUGCGAGCGUGCUGCGCAUGCUUUCGAACCUUGUGGGCGAGGAGAAGUUCCUGCAAGGAGUCAGCAUCUACCUAAAGAAGCUCGCCUACGGCAAUUCGGUCACUGCUGAUCUGUGGAACGGUAUCAGCGAGGCGUCGGGCAAGGAUGUGCCGCGCAUUAUGAAAAACUGGGUUCUCGAGCAGGGCUUCCCGGUCAUUACUGUCGAAGAAGAGGCCGACGCAAUCAAGGUGCGACAGAAUCGCUUCCUGACCACGGGCGACGUCAAGCCCGAGGAGGACAAGACCCUCUGGCACGUUCCUCUUGCCAUCAAGACGUCGGUUGGCAUUGACCAGGAAGCUAUCCUCCAGGAGGAGCGUGAAGCUUCAAUCCCGCUCAAGGAUGCCAAGAACGCUCAGUGGAAGCUCAACGCCAACACAGUGGGCGUGUACCGCGUCGCCUACUCGCCGGAGCGUCUCGCCAAGCUGGGCAAGGAAGCCGCCAAUAAGGACGGCAUGUUCUCGCUUGAGGACCGAGUUGGUCUUAUCUCGGACGCCUUCACGCUGGGCCGAGCUGGCUACGCGAAGACGUCAGGCGGACUUGACCUGCUCAAGGGCUUCAACCUGAGCGAGGACCGCUAUCUUGCCAACCUGGGCGCAUCGACGCACCUGGGCUCCUUGGCCAGCGUAUGGUGGGAGCAGCCUCAGGAAGUGCGGGAUGCCAUUGACGCGUUCCGUGCGGAUCUCUUCCGUCCAGCCGUACAGAAGUUGGGCUUCGACUUCGGUGCGGACGAUUCGCCCGACCUCCGUCAGCUGCGUGCGACCGUUAUCGGCGCCGCAGCCGCAGCCAGCGACCCUUACACGAUCAAGGAGAUUCAACGCCGCAUGGGCCCCGUCAUCGAGAAGGGAGACGAGUCUCUUAUCCACCCCGACAUCUUCCGCACUUGCAUCGUCCAAUCCGUCAAGCACGGUGGCGCCAAGGAAUGGGAGACGGCCCUGCGCAUGUACCGCAAGCCUCCCACGCCCACUCACAAGAUUGCCGCCCUCAUGGCACUGGGCUCGACGAGGGAGCCAGAGCUGAUCAAGAAGGCCUUUGACUUUGCGUUCGAGGGCAAUGAGGUCAAGACGCAAGACUUCAUGUACCCGGUGCUGGCUUUCAGCAUGAAUGCGGCUACGAGGAGGCAGCUGAGAGAUGCGAUGCAGGAGAGGCACGAGGCGCUUGUCAAGCGUUUCGAGGGAAACUUCUCCCUCGGCCGCAUUAUCCAGUACUCGAUCAGCUCCUUCUCUUCUCCGGAGGACCUCCAACAGAUCGAGUCAUUCUUCUCCAAGCACGACAACGACAAGUACAAGUCUGGCCUCGAGCAGGGCUUGGACGAGGUGCGCGCCAACAUUGGUUGGGUCAAAAGGUCGACGGAGGAUGUGCGCGGGUGGCUGCAGUCGAAUGGGUACCUCAAGGCGUAGAGGGACCAUGUGCUCGGAAGGGUAUGACUGUUUUGUGGUUACGAAUGGAGCAAUUGUCCAAUCUCUAAUCGUGUGACGCUUGAGUGCGGCCAAUCUUACUCAUC